GGAGGAGACCUUCCUGCGCCGCCUGACCCGCCGCCUCUCGGUGCGGAAGGAGCCCCGGCUGGCCGAGCCCUGCAGGCAGGAGGGGAACCGGCGCUUCCGGGCGGGGCAGCACCGGGCGGCCGCCGCGCUCUACUCCCGGGCCUUGUCCCACACGGAGGCCGGCAGCCCAGAAAUGGCCGUCUGCUACGCCAAUCGCUCCGCGGCCCUUUUCCACCUGGGCCAGUUUGAGGUCUGCCUGGAGGACAUCGGACGGGCGCAGCAGGUGGGGAGCUGCCCGGAGAAGCUGCUGCCCAAGAUCCAGUUGCGCAGGGCCGAGUGCCUGCUCUCCUUGGGCCGGCUGCAGGAGGCGGCAGGCGCCCUCCGCAGCGUGCAGGAGGGCCUCUCAGCGGAUCAGAGGCUGGAGGCUGCCCGUCACCGGGUGCUGCUAGGCCGGCUGGAUGAGCUGCGGGGCGGGGCCGGUGAGGAGAGCGGGGCCUCCCUUCGCCCGCCUGCUGCACCCGGCCAGGCUCCACCAGACCCGGAGCCCUGGGAGGAGAGCAGCCGCGUCUCUGGCACCUCGGUGGCCGUCAGCUUGGGCUUUUCCGGCCUCAAAGGGCGCCACUUGGUUGCUGCCAAGGAUCUUCCUCCUGGGACGCUGCUGGUGAGGGAAGCGGCCUUCGCCAGCGUCCUCUGUCCCGGGCAGAGCCUCCUGCGGGAAGGGACCGCCCAGGCCCUGCAGGACGGACAGCCGGCCAACCCCGACCUCCACUGCCACCACUGUCUGUGCCCGCUGCUGGCCUCCGUGCCCUGCCGAGGGUGCAGCUACAGCAGGUACUGCGGCCCCGCCUGUGCCCAGCUGGCGUGGAGUAGCUAUCACUGGGCGGAAUGCGCCCUGGGGGGGCUGCUGCUGGCGCUGGGCGUCUUCUGCCACCUGGCCUUCCGGACGGUGCUGGUGGCCGGCUUCGCCCAGGUGGAGGCCUCGGUCGCCCAGUCGCAGGAGGGGGGCACCUGGCCCAUUCCUGGCUGUGAGGCCGACGGGCGGUACAGCGGCUCCUACCGGGCCAUCUUCAGCCUUCUGCCGCACACGGAACGGCACAGCCCCGGCUUCAGGUUCCUCUGUGGGCUGAGCGUGGCAGCCUUGUGCAGGGCGCUGGAGGACGCCGGCCUGGAAGCCUGGAUGGCAGGGGGGGCCCCGAAGUCAGAGGCGGCCCCCAGUGCGCUGGAGGUCUUGGGGGAGGCCAUGCUGCGCCAUGUCCUGCAGCUGCAGUGCAACGGCCAGGCGGUGACCACCCUGCGUCCGUCAGGACCCGAAGACGGACUGGUGGCCGGCAGUGGGCAGAUGCGCCUGGCCACGGGCUUCUUCCCCGCCCUCAGCCUGCUGAACCACUCCUGCGACCCCAACACCAGUGUGGCUUUCAGGGGCUGCACGGUGGAGGUCAGGGCCCUGCGCCCAAUUCCCCUCGGGCAGGAGCUGCUCCACUGCUACGGGCCCCACAGGUGCCGGAUGGUGGCUGCCGAGAGGCGCAGGCAGCUCCUGGCUCAGUACUUCUUUGAGUGCCACUGUCAGGCCUGCUUGGAGGAGCUGCAGCCCAGCGGUGCCCCCUCUGCCCCCGAGGCCGGCCUCUUCCGCUGCCCGGCCUGCCAGAGGCCUAUGCAGGGGAGAGGCACCCUCCGCUGCUCGGGGGGGACCUGCAACUCCCUGGUCCCCGAGGAGGACUUCCACCGCCGGCUGCUCCGUCUUCAGGGCUUGGCCCAGUCAGCCGAGGAGCUCCUGGAGCGCAGGAAGCCAGGUCAGGCCCUGGAGCUGCUGCAGAAAUGCCGGUUGGAUGCCGAGAGCUUCCUGUCUCCAGCGCACCUGAGGAUGGGCGAGAUCGAGGACCGCCUGGCCCGGGUGCAGGCGGCAUCAGGCAGGUGGCAGGAAGCAGCCGGGCACCUGCGCAGGAGCAUCCAGGCCGUGGAGGCCCAUUUUGGGCCCGCCAGCAUCGAAGCCGGCCAGGAACUCUUCAAACUGGCCCAGGUCCUCUUCAACGGGUGA